AUGAAUUCUCUAAUUGUUAACAGUGGCAAUAUAAACAUUGAUCGUUUCAUUAAAGGAACACUAUCAAGAAAUAAUAAUAACGAUGAUCCAUUUUUGGAAUGGGUUCCUUUCGAAGAGUUUGAAGAUGUAAAGAAAAUUGGGCAAGAAAUCCUUGAAAUCUCCCAAGAUGGUUUCAAAGAUAAUGUUGAUUAUAGAAAAAACAUUACUGUGUUUGCCAUUAGUGAAGGAAAAGUCCCGAAAGAAUGGAACAUGAGUAUUGUGCAAGCAAAGCCAAUAAUGGAAAUUAGCAAUCUUAGUAAGGAAGAAACAGUAGAAUAUCUAAUAUAUAAUGCAAGAUCAAAGAAAAAGAAGCCGAAAGAUAUGAAUUGGUUGGUGGUCGCAUUGUAG